AUGAACAUGCUACAGUGUUUCCUUUGCACCACCUUCUGCCUUGUGCAUGGACUGCCUACUCAUAAUGAAAGAAAAACCAGUAGGAUUCCUCUCCAAGGAUCCUAUAUGGAACUGAAAGCUGUAAGCAGCAUUCAUAUAAACAGACAAUCCCAGGAUAUGAAAUACCCCCAAUAUAUGAUGCAACUUUACAAGACUCUCAUCAUGGGAAAUCAUUCAACUCUAUCUAUUUUAGAACAUCCCGUCCUUCAGCAAUCUGAUGCUGUUGUAAGCCUGAUUGCAAAAGGAAUCACCCAAUCUGCCAAUCACUGGACUCUUUCCUUUGAUAUGUCUUCAGUAUCAAGCAACACUGAGCUGAAGUUGGCUGAACUAAGAAUUAAUGUACCAGCAUUUCAGAGUUUAACAGCAGCAACAGUGGACAUUUACCAUAGCAAGGAUGGGGAGGAAAAGGUCUUUCUUGGGUCAUUUAACACCAACCCUCAAGACUCCUGGAAAGUAUUCAACCUCACCAAGAUGCUACAAUAUUAUCUUCACCAGAAAAACAAGUUCCCCAGUGGUGAAUAUAUAAAGGCUGAGGACAUGAAAGAGCAAAACCCAGAUACAUUCAGUAUAGUAGCAGUAAAAGAGAAACAGAAUACAGAUCUCAGCCAGAAGUCCUAUCUUGGUGCUGAAAAAGUUCUGCUGGUUGUUUUUGCUAAGGACAAACCCUCAGUCUCCAACUCUAACAGCCUUAUUAGGAUGGUUGAGACCUCUAAGUAUGUCAGUGCAGAGAACCUUGCAGCAAUAUCUGGUGUUAGGAGACACAGGAGGAAUAGACUUGACCAGCAACACAGCCUAAUGAUGAACAAUAUUCAUCCUAGACCAGUGGAUGAUGGGAAACCCCUGUGCAGAAAGGUAGAUAUGAUUGUUGAUUUUGAAAAGAUUGGAUGGGGUGACCAGAUUAUUUAUCCCAAGAAAUUUAAUGCCUACAGGUGUGAGGGAACAUGUCCUACCCCUCUGAAUGAAGAGUUCAACCCUACAAACCAUGCCUAUAUAAAGAGUCUGCUGAAGCUGUAUGACAAUGACAGAGUUGAAUGCAUAUCCUGUGUCCCAAUAAAGAUGGCGCCCUUGUCUUUGCUGCACUAUGAAGGCGAUAAAGUUAUUCUUAAACACCAUGAGGACAUGAUUGUAGAAGAAUGCGGAUGCCGCUAA